GCCUGUUUGUUAAUGUUUACACUCCAAAUGUACCUAUAGUUUAUUUGUCUUUGUUGUAUAUCAUCCGAACACUAUAACUUUAGUUAGGAAACCGGAGUAAUAGUCUCCUUCCCGUGAUGUGUUGGAUUCACGGUGGUGGGUUUUUAUCGGGUUCUGGAAACUCCGACUGGUAUGGACCAGACUAUUUACUAAAGGAAAAUGUUGUACUUGUAACUAUAAAUUACAGACUUGGAAUACUAGGGUUCCUCAAUUUCGACAAUCCUGCACUAGACGUACCGGGAAAUGCUGGUUUCAAAGACCAAGUUAUGGCAUUAAGGUGGAUUCAAGAGAACAUUAGGUGCUUCGGUGGAGAUCCCAAUAACGUUACAAUUUUUGGAAACAGUUCCGGAGGUAUAAGCGUACAUCUUUUAGUACUGUCGUCUCUCGCAAAAGGCUUAUUUCAUAAAGCCAUUAUGCAAAGUGGAACCGCUCUUGGAAGUUGGUCAGACGGAAAAAGAUCUGUGGAAUAUUUAGAAAUCGCUUUUAACAUAAAGGCCAGUGAGGAAACUUUUCUUAAACUUCUACAGAAGAUGCCGAUUGAGGAAAUAAUGGAAUUACAAUCCAAAAUUCCAGAUAUUUGCACGGCAUACUCACAACGACCCUUUGGGCCGGUAGUAGAAAGUUACACAUCUAAAUCUUCAUUUAUACUAGAAGAACCUUUGACUAUAUUACGAUCCGGUACCUAUAAUGAUGUAUCCCUUAUGAUAGGGUAUACCUCCAGAGAAUGCUUACUUAUACACUUUAUGAACAGAAACGCGAACGUUCCCAAUAAAGGACUUGAUAUAAUAACUGAUUUCGAAAUGGAAAUACCAAGAACUCUAAAUGUUAUUAAAGGCACGUCGUUAUCGAAACGUAUGGCGGAGAAAAUAAAAUUUUUCUAUUUAGGGAACAAAGAAUGGGCCGACGAAAUUAAAAGUCAAUAUUACUUGUUAAAAACAGACAAUAUGUUCAUAUGGCCCAUACAAAAAAACUUAAGAUAUCAUGCGAAGUCCUCAACAAACCCUACAUAUUUUUAUAGAAUGUCCAUCGAUACCAGCAUUAACUUAUUUAAGAGGUCAAUUAAUAUAAAAUUACCAGGUGUUAGCCAUGGAGAUGAAUUAGGUUAUUUAUUUAAACGUUCAAGAAUACCUCCUCCUCUACCUAACAGUCUUGAAAUGAACGGUAUCGAACGCUUUACUAAAUUGUGGACAAACUUUGCCAGAACAGGAAAUCCAAAUCCAACAGAAUGUACAUCGCUAAUCGACGUCCAUUGGAAACCCAUUGAUAAAUGUAAUCUUCAUUAUCUAGAUAUUGGAGAAAAUUUAACUGUAGGUGUUAAUCCAGAUGAAAACAGGGUGAGAUUUUGGAAUGAAUUAGAAAUCUUAAGCUUAGGAGAUUCUAAAUUGUAAUGUUUAUUAAGCUAAUUCUAUACAUCGUGACAUGCGUGACUAUACUGGCUUGAUUGCACUCGAAUAAAUAUGCACGUAAAUUGAA